AUGUCACACUCUAAUCUUCCUAAUAUUCCUUCUUUCCGAAAACAACAUCUUUUGCUUGAAUAUGCAAGCUUGAAGCUCCGAUGUCCUAGAGGCAUCUAUCUCUCGCUGAAUCCUGGAGAUCCCUCCUCGUGGUCCGGAGUGUUUUUUGUCCGAACUGUGACAGGCCCAUACUCUCCAGCAGUACUUCGCUUCAAUGUCUCGUUCCCUUCACAAUACCCAGACGAUCCGCCUUUAGUCACCUUUGCGACCGAUAUAUUUCACCCACUCCUUGUUCCUUUGACGACUUAUACGUUCUCUACCAGCGCAGGCGAUGCCAAUGACACGGUCAGCGCGAGCGACGAAGACAGGUUACCCCAGGGUGGCUUUAGUCUGCGAGAUGGAUUCCCGGAGUGGUUCGCACGAGGAAAUAAGGCCGGGUGCAAGGUGAUGGAUUUGGACGGUCAUAGCCAGCGAUCCGGCUAUCGUUCAAGCUCGGCAUCAAGGGAUGUCUCUGUUGAACCAGCCGAUGUUCCCUUGGACCAAGAGACUGUCUCGAUGGCGCGGCCUUCAGGGAAGAUACCUUCUAAACCUGUUGCCAUUGUUGAUGUGCUCGCCUACCUCAAGUCAACAUUCGAAGAUCCAGCAAUGCUCGACAGACUGCCUCUGGAGGCAGCCGGCAAUCCUGGCGCAUGGCAUGCAUGGCAAAGUCAUCGCGGACACUCCCGGGCUCCAGGUAGUGCAGUGGCUUUGGACAGCGAUCAGCGAUCGAGUUCCGCAAGCCAUGGCCCACCAAAAUUACCUGAUAGUUGGAACUGGGAGGGUGUAUGGGAAAAUCGGGUCAAAAGCGGCAUACAACAUAGCUUGAGCGAUCCAGUGCUCUUUGGAAACAAAGACGGCAGACCAGGGGACAAGCGAGCCGAGAUGAUACGAUUCUCGAGGAUGGAUUCUGAGCAGCUGAAAGAGAUAUGCGACACCAUAACCAACUCACGGAAUACAGGCGCCAAACCAAGAUCCGGGCCAGCCUGA